ACUAUUUCUCAAGCAUCACUUUAUAUUCGGGACUUUGGUGUAAAUUGAUUAUUUAAAGUAGUUGUUCGGCUGUCCCGAGAGAAGCAAGACGCAAUGAGUCCGGCCAGUGUUCUUAUACUUCAGUCACAUCUUCUAAAGUCACUUCUGUUCUUGUUUUGACUUUGUUUGUUUUUUGCAAGCGCAGUCAUCGUGCUUUAUUUUAGCAAAUUAAUCCUCUUUUAACAAAGACUUUGUCUCAUGGCGGGAAUUUGGAGAUCUUAUCAGGCGCUGUUAGCCAAACAUCCGUGGACAGUGCAGAUUGUAACUGCUGGCUCUCUGGUGGGAGUGGGCGAUGUCAUCUCUCAGCAGCUGAUUGAACGCCGUGGAAUGGCCAAUCACAGCGUAAGACGUACCGCCAAGAUGAUGAGCAUUGGCUUCUUCUUUGUCGGUCCCGUAGUGGGUGGAUGGUACAAGGUGUUGGACAAACUUGUCACUGGUGGCAAUAAAAGUGCAGCCCUGAAAAAAAUGCUUGUUGACCAGGUGGGCUUUGCGCCAUGUUUCCUGGGUGCUUUCUUGGGAAUAUCUGGAGCUCUCAGUGGACUGACAAUGGAGGAGAAUGUAGCCAAGCUCAGGCGGGACUACCCGGAUGCCUUAAUCUGCAAUUACUAUCUCUGGCCACCAGUGCAGAUAGCCAAUUUUUAUUUCAUUCCUCUCCAUCACAGGUUGGCUGUUGUUCAGAUUGUGGCUGUUGCUUGGAAUUCUUACCUCUCCUGGAAAGCCAACAAGAUGGAAUGAGAUAUUCCAAAUCUACUUGCUGAAUUGACUAUUAUAAUAUUUUGUAUUAUGUAUAUGUACUGUAUAUAUACAGCUCUGGAAAAACAAUGAAGAGACUACUGCAAACUUAUCAGUUUCUCUGGAUUUGCUAUUUAUAGGCAUGUGUUUAGUAUAUAGAAUAAAACAAAAAUGUUACUUUUACUCAUUGACAACAUUUCUCCCAAAUUCCAAAUAAAAAUAUUGUCAUUUAGAACAUUUAU